AUGCUCAUCAACAGACUACUCAAGCGGCAGAAAGGGGCAGGAGGCCAGGAGGCCGACGCCACGCUGGCGGCACUGGACCCGUGGGUGGUGCUCUACGACGACCUCGUGUUCGGCCGACAGAUUGGCAAGGGCAACUUUGGCCGCGUGUUCGAGGGCACCUACUUUGGCACGCCCGUGGCGAUCAAGCACCUGUUCCCCGUGGGCGAGGGUCUCAGCGUCGAGCAGACCAGGAAGUAUGUGGACCGCGAAAUCGUGCUCCUCAAGAGCCUUCACCACCCCCACAUUGUACAACUGAUCGGCAUAUGCGACCACGAUUCGGGGCAAUACAUCAUCACCGAACUCGUGACCGGAGGUGACCUCAAGACCGCCCUCGCACGACGGGACUCGGUGCUCUCGUGGCGACAGCGCGUCGUGCUGGCAAGGGACGUCGCCUAUGCGAUGAACUUCCUGCACCACAAGGGCUACAUACACAGGGAUCUCAAGCCGGACAAUGUGCUGAUCACGGAGCACGGGCGCGCCAAAGUGUGCGACCUGGGCUUCGCGCGCGCAUCGAAGAAGGCCAGCUCCUACAUGACGAUUGCUGGCAGCGAUGACUACAUGGCACCGGAAGUACUGAUGGGAGACAAAUAUGACGAAAAAUGCGAUGUAUUUGGGUAUGGAGCCGUGCUGGCGGGCAUCGUCUCCCGCAGGCGGCCAAAGCGUAACGAGGACGGCCUCUACGGCUUCAAACUCGAUCAAUUCAAAGCGCUCAUACCGCCCGAGUGCCCGAAGAAGCUGUCAGACCUGGUGCUGCAGUGCUGCGACUACGACGGCACCAAGCGACCGUCGUUCGAUCAGAUUCUGUCGACACUCACCAAGCUGCUCGACAAGGAGCUCAAGCACGAGCCCGACGCCGCCGCCGGCGAUCCAGAGACCAAGGCCGACGCCACAACAAACGAGCUGCGACCGUCGCUGAAGAUGUUGAUGCGAUCGCAGCCCCAGAGGAGCAUGAACCUGGCCUCGCCGCCCAUGUCGCCGGUGUCCACCUCGUCGGCGCCGACCACGCCGCUGCAGCAGCAGAAGCUGAUGAAGAUGCACGGCAUGCGGUCGAUGGCCAAGGACGCCGGCCUGUGGAACCAGUUCCAGAGCGCCGACAGCCUUUCGCCCGCCAAGAGCGGCGGCAACUCGUCCAAGCUGCAGUCGCAAUCGCUGUCGACAACGUCGGCGUCGGUCGCCAGUGUCGACAGUCGGUGCAGCGUCGCGCCCGGAUCGGGCGGCGGCGUCAACCGCGAGCGCAGCGGCAGCGACAAGAGCAUCGAGAGCUCGCCCCGCAAUCGGGGCCUGGGCGCCGACCUCAACCACCGCCAGCGCAGCAGCAGCGAGAAGGCCAUCGACACCACCAACAGCGGCGGCGGCGGCAGCAGCGGCAGUAGCAGCGGCGGCGGCGAGAGCGCGAUGGAGAGCAGCGGCUGCAGCAGCGGCGGCGUGGGGCGGCGCAGCGCGCGGUCGGGCCUGCAGUCGCUGUGGAACCUGGGCAACACCGGCACCGGCACCGGGAGCGACCGCAGCAUGGGCUGGACCGACAGCGAGCGCAGCAUCAGCAGCGACACCAGCGGGCUCAGCUCGGCCGGCGACAAGUCCGAGACCGACGACAGCGAGCGCGAGCGCAGCAGCAGCAGCAAGCGGGCCAAGCGCGACAAGAAGAGCAAGGCCGGCAAGACCAGCAAAGGCAGCAAGGCCAAGGUCACCACUGCGGUCGGCGGCGGCGGCGGUGGUGGUAGCGGGGUGCACAGCGCGCGGCUGCUGUCGACGAAGGAGAUGAUGACUUGGAUCGGGACGAGCAGCAACAACAUCGCCACGCGGUCGGCGACGGGGGUGGCGGAGCCGAGCGAGGCGACGGUGGAGGGCGAGGAGGAAGAGAAAGAAAAGACGAAGGAAACGACGAAAGAAAAGGAGGAGAAGAAGAAGAAGGACGCGUCAGUCGAUUCGGACGGCGGCCAGCACCACCACCACCACCUGCGGCCGCCCGCGGUCAAACAAGGAGAAGGAGAAGCGAAAGAGCGAAAGCGAAGCCGCCGCCGACACUGCUACCUGCUAGUAGUGAGAAAGAGCGAAGCCGAAGCUAGCCCCGCCAGCCCGGCGCCGACGACGAGGACACUGACCACGCCCGGCGACAUCGAUGCCAAGCCGCAAUGGGUGAUCGUCGAGCCCCACCACCACGCCGCCGGAGACCGGGAGCGACGGAAGGACCUGACUGCACUGGCCCUGACCAGCGCCACCGCCGGCGCCGCCGCCUACAAGCAGAGGCCCCAGAGCGCCAGGCGCGCGGCCGAGCCGGUCGACCGCCGCUCAGCCAUCGUCAUCGGCCGGACCACCGCGACCACGAGCAGAAGCGGCGGCGGCGAUGACGUCAGCAGCGUCGUUAAAGUAACCAGUGGCGGAGGCAGUGAGGCGACGCAGCGGUCGCUGUCGCGGCGCAGUCUGUCGCCGCGGGUGAUGGCCCGAAUGGUGGAGCGCGAGGAGUGGGAGGGCGGCAACGAUCUGUCGAGCGACGAGAUGGACAGCGUCAUCGCGCAGUACGUGGCCUGCCCCAACUCGUACGCGUUCGGUGCUUCGACCAUGCAGUUCUUCGGCAACCUCAAGAAGGGCGGGCGCGUCCAAACCCUCAUCAGUCUGUUCCAAGAGAGCGAGCAGGCAGCGACGGCGACGGCGACGGCGGGGGCUACGAACGAGCAGGCCGGGACGGAGGCCGGGCACACGGCGGCGGCGGCGGCUGGUGAUGACGCGGGGGGCACGGGCCAGGAGGUGAGCAGCACGGAGAAGCGGCGACGACAGGAGAGCAGCGAGCAGCAGCAGGCGUCGGCCAAGGAGAGCGGAGACGAGGAGUCGGCGGCGACGCCGGCAACGGAGCGCGACAGCCAGCCGCCACCGCGCGGGAAGGACCGGAAGGAGGACGUCGCCGCCGUGCCGGCCACGCCGUUCGAGUGA